AUGGUCAAACUGAAAACCUCUAACCCAAGCUGUUUUACCCAAACCUGGCCUCCAAACCUCACCUGUUAUGCCCUCCCCUGCAGCUUUGCAAUUAAUCUGGGCCAGGCGUCAGAUAAGCUGAACCUGCCCUUCAGCCCUCGCUUCAGUGAAUCCAUCAUUGUCUGCAACACAAGGGAUGGCAGCAGCUGGGGACGAGAGCAACGGGAAAAUCACCGGUGCUUCAGUCCAGGGUCAGAGGUCAAGUCCCCCAUAACCUUUGAGACUGACAAAUUCAACGUGACGCUGCCAGAUGGGCACCAGGUGACCUUUCCCAACAGGCUGGGCCACAGCCACCUGAGCUACCUGAGUGUGAGGGACGGGUUCCAGGUGUCCUCCUCAAGCUUGACUGAGUGGGCCGCACCUCAUCCGAACAAAAGACCCCCAGCCGGCAUCCCCUGUCCUGAGCCUUCUUCUGAGUCACAGCAGGAUCAACAGCUCUUCGGUCCUGGGACCCAGCUCUGCUAG